AUUCAGGCACAGAUGUGUGUGCGUCUGCGACUGCGUACAAAGUAGAAUUUUUUGAGGUUAUCCUGUAUAAAUAACUUGCUGUCUUGCCGAAUCUUUUUUCUAAAAUGAGUGUGAAUUAAUAAGUUUUUGUUUUUAAAUUAAUUUUCUAAAAAAUAUAUAUUUAUUUGCAAUGCUCUCCCGAAUAAUUAGAUCUUCAUUAAUCAUCCCACGAGUCGUUAACACCAAUUUGGAGAUUUGUUCAACUCAGAAACGUUAUUCAUCGUUUGGUAGUAGCAAACUACAAGGUGAUCCAGAGGAAUACACAAAAUAUGAAAUUUUCAAAGAACCACCGGAGUGGAGAUUUGUUGAGAGAUUAAUUCCUCCACCAACUGUUCCAGUUCCUCGAAUACGAGAUGUCUAUCAUUCGGAUUGGGUUCCGCAGACAGCAAAACCAGGACAACUUCCAUAUUUCCUUGAAAGAACAAAGAAUCACCAGUUACCUGUAUUUUUGAUAAUAUCACAUCGAGGCACGCGUCGAUUGACUCACGUGAAGAACAUUUCGGGUGAUGUGUGGGCUCUGGCCGACCAGUUGAGUGCACAUCUCAACAAACUGCACAAGCGAAAUGUUGGCAUACGAGUAGAUGAGGUUUCCGGAAAGAUCAUCUUUAGAACUGACGUCUAUUCGGAUGUUGUAGUGUGGCUACUCGAAAAAGGAUUCUAGAAUAUCUCUGUGUGAACUAAUUUUAUGUGCUAAUUCAAAUUUGUAGAUCAGUGCAUUUAGUAACUCACUUUAAAUCGUUAUAGGAAUAAAAUUUUGUUAAACUUA